UGUCAACACCAUUUUUAUUGUCAAACAAAAACAAAACAAACAAUUUAGACACGAAAUUCAUUGCUUUAAAUUCACCCAAUUUCUUAUAAAAUGAGUAUUAUGAUGUACAUGUUGAGGCGAAUGCAAGGUUCGCCGUACGACAAAAAAACCCACUUUUUUUAUAAACUUUUAGAGAUAUUAUUACGUUCUUCAUCUUCAGAGGGAAAACCUCUAAGUCCUAGGAUGAAAGAAUUCAAACAGAAACUGAGAGAAACUUCGCAUAUUAAGUCAUUAGAAGAUUUACCGCAGGAACAUCCAGAAGCUGAAAAUUCUAGCGCAUUUGAUCCUUGGCCUGAUAAUACUAAUCCACAUACGGGAGAAAUAGGGGGACCCACAGGACCGGAACCAACUCGAUAUGGAGAUUGGGAACGAAAAGGACGAGUAUCAGACUUUUAGAUAUAAUAAGACUUUAUUAGGAUGAAAUAAGACGCUUAUUCUAGAAAAAAUUGGUUUUAUUUUAGAGUUAUUUGAGUAUUAACAGUCUAUCCUGUUAUUUUAGUGAACUAUUUUGAAUGAUAUGUUUACUACCUCCAAUUUGUUAUUAAACUGCUGGUAAAUAAUA